UAACUCGUGAUAUUGUCGACAUACAGUACGUUAUUCUCGCCUUGGUUUUGCAAGCACAAAGACAAUGUGAUUUGAAGACACGGGUCACCAGAGAAUCACGUGGGGAUUUGAUCUUGUUAAGUCAUAUCUUUGUACGGUACAUACUAAAAAUGUCUGAAGAACGGACCGCGAGUGUUUCCAGCGAGCAAGGUGCUGAGCCCCAGGGGAAAAUGUCACUGCCCGUCGGGUGGGAGGCUAGAGUGUGUGCGAACGGACGGGUAUAUUACGUAAACACGAAAGCGCGCACUACUCAGUGGGAACACCCUCUAACCGGAGAAAUAUCUAAAAUUGAGGGCACUGAUGCCCAGCUUCAAACAGGAGACGGGAAUGACAACAAAAUUGAUGAACAGACGCUGUCGUCUGCUGUGGUAGAGGGAAAGGGGAACGUGGACAUCAUCUCCAAAUUUAACUCCUAUUCCACGGCUCUGGAGGUCAUGGCGGGGAAAGAUUUGACGGGGAAAUACGCCAUAGUUACUGGGUCCAACUGUGGAAUUGGGUACGAGACCGCACGCGCUCUCGCGCUGCACGGAGCGCACGUAGUGAUGGCCUGCAGAAGCGUGGACCGCGGCGAGGAAAGUGCCAACAAGAUCCGGGCCGAGAAAGACUCGGUAAAAAUCCGUGUUAUGCAGCUUGAGCUAGCAUCACUGAAGAGCGUUAAAGCUUUUGGGGAAGAGUACAAGAAGACAAAUUGGCCCAUCCAUAUAUUGAUACUAAAUGCCGGCAUAGCGUCCGUGCCGUUCUCUCUGACGGAGGACGGAUUAGAGAGCACCUUCCAAGUGAACCACCUGGGUCACUUCUACCUCACCUUGCUUUUAGAGGAGGUGUUAAGACGGUCGAGUCCCGCCCGCGUGGUCUCGGUGUCUUCCAGAGGGCUGCAACUGUCCGAUUUGAAAAUGAGCAACGUGUCGGAAAGUAAACUGUCCAGUCCCGAUGCAUCAAGUCAUUCACGGUUUUCGACGUAUAACAAGACAAAGCUUUGCAACUUGCUUUUUGCAAAGGAGUUGAACUUGAAGCUGGCUCGUCAUGGCGUAACUGCAAACGUACUGCACCCUGGCGGUUUUAUAUCCACCAAUAUUCAACGACAUUGGUGGUUAUCCAAGGUUUUGUUUGUAAUGACGAAACCGUUUACGAAAACUGUUGAGCAGGGUGCGGCGACCAGUGCGUAUUGCGCCGUUGCAGAAGAGUUAGAGGGUCGGGGAGGUUUCUACUUUGAUAACUGCCAGGCAGCACAGCCCAAGUCAGAGGCCGCUGUCGAUCCAGAACUGGCGAGAGAAGUUUGGAAGUUAUCGGAGAAAAUGUUGAACGAUCGUGGUCACAGUGUAUAAGUAUUGUGACCUGAAGUUUGAAAUGACGCAUGAAAAGUAAUAAAUGCAAAACAAUCAAGAAAACUUGAAACAGAAAUAGAUAAAACCAGAGGCGCCCGCUGACGUUAAAAAAUGGAAUCACAGUUCGCUUCCAACAAUACAUAAAUUUUUACUUUAUUUUGAAAACUUAGUCUAGGUUACAUUGGCAGUACCAAAUGUCAGUUUGGUGCCCGUAUACUUACCGCAUACGUAAUUUAUUCACUUUUCUUCUUCGGAGAUAUUCUAAAAAUAUUUGAUAAGUUCGCAUCUAAUAUUAUAUGUCGUUUUCUAUCAUAAAAAUAAAUUAUG